GUAGUUAUCACAGCGGUAAACAGUGACAAGGGGAAUAUUUCUAUUGAGGUAUACAUUGAAAAUAAGAGUACAUUAGCUUUGAUGGACACGGUGGCAGGGGUAUCUCUCAUAUGGCGUGACGUAAACAAACUUAGAAAUAAACACGUUGCUCCAACAAAUAAAGCAAGGCUGACACUUGCACGAUUUUGAUGCACGCAUUGGCACGAACUCGGGUCGUGGCAAUGCGCAAACUAGUGGUAAACUCACGUGAAGUGUUCGGAAACUCGUCAUGACUGCGUGACACGUCGGGACGAAAGUUUUGAAAUGUUCAAAAUUUUGGCACGACAAAUUUUUUGUGACCAGUUCGUUAACUAUGCACAAACUGUUUGUGAACCUGUCGCGAACAGUGCGGGAUGAUGUGGAGAGAUGUGCACCAGUGCGUACCAGUGUGUGUCAUGCCACGACAUGCACAACCAGCCACGCAUUGUUCACGAAUUGUUCACGGCUAGUUUGCGACAUGUUCACGCAUUGGUGCGCCUCGCAGCAUGGUCGUGUGUUCCCCCUGACACGGUCACGUGUACUUCACGCCUUGAUGGCAUGAGCAGUUCACGACUAGUUCACGCACUUCAUGAACAGUUUGCGCAUAGCAUGAGCAGGUCACGACGUGUUCACAACAAGUUUGCGAGUAGUUCACAACUACUGCGCAAGUGUCGCUAGCGUCAGUGCGAGGGGUAUUGAUAGCCAUUCCACAACUUGCCAGUGAAGACAAAAUGUCGAAGAUGAAACAAAUACGUGGAAGAGCAAAGCAGAGAAUACCAUAAGUCGACAGGCCAGAAAAUAUUGGGGCAGAGCCAGAGCCAGAGACUGCUGAGAGAGAUGAAUCCCCCCAGUCAUCCAUAUCAAGUGUAGCUGUCAUCCCGGAGACACAGCAGGAUCCACUCGACACUCAGGGACAGCCAUCCAGUGAGAAAGAGGCUACGUGGCAGCAGAAGUGGGUCUGGGUAUCCAAGAAAGGAAUCCCUGAGUACCGCUGGACAAAUGAGGGGGAGAGGAGGUUGGCUGAUCUCAUCAAAGAAUACCCCUAGCUGUAUGACAAGAAGCUUAAGGAGUGGCUCAACGUGGCAGCCAAGAACAGCCUGUGGAACCGAGUAGGAGAGCAGUUGCAUCCCCCUGCCACUGGCCUCCAAUGCAAGAAGCACUACGAGAACAUGUGCACCAGGGUGGGGAAGAUCUUGAAGAGGGAGCAGAAGAGUGGGGCAGGCCAGCCCGAGAGGAGUGCCUGUGACAACGAGAUCAUGGAGGCCUGGAGUUUCUUGACACAGCACAUUGUCCAGGGAAAGACGGUCCCCAGUGAGCAGUUUGCCGUCCUGAAGUCAGCCACAGUGACAAGCAGUGACAAUGAGGAUGAUGAAGUCUGGUCUACAAGUUUCCAGGGCCAGGCAUCUACUACCACAGACAAGGGCAAGGGGAAGCGGUCCAAGCCCCCAACAACAGAGACAGCCACCACACCCGCCGUCACUACCACCACAUCGAGGGUCACUCACACUGACCUCAGUGAGGCUGUCAGGCAGAUCCUCUCUAAAGCAGACUCCCUGGGUGCCAGCCACUCUUACACCGGCCACCAAAAGAUCGUUCAUGAUUUCGCAUGCCUGCUGGAAGGGCACAUGUAGGGCAUCCUGGAAGAAUCCUGGCACGAGUUCCAGAUCGAUUGCCUCAACAUGGUCCACCGUUACAGGCAGCGGCACCCACUCUUCCAGCAGUCAAAGCAACAACCACACAUGAUCUGACAAGGCCCACAGCAGCAGCAGUUCUGGCAUCCCCCUCAACCCCCCACCUGGCAGGCACCGCCACAGCAGCAGCAACCUCCAGCAAGUCAGCCAGCACCUCAACCCUUGUUGCCGCCCCAGUUACCACAGGCCUCCCAGUCUUCAGACCGGUCGUCCUGGACACAGGCCACUGAGUGGGAACCACGGAUGCUACCUGCCCCGUCAGUGACUCCUGUCCAGGCGCCUUCACCAACCCCUUUAGUGUAGCUGUCAGCCAUCUUCAAGACACCUGUGACAUCACUCAGCUUCCCGGACCUGACUCCAAGGUCGGUAGACAGCAGCCUAGAGGGGGUUUCACCCUCAACCCUCUUCACCUCCAAGGACCUUCACACCCCAGAAGUCCACCGUGUAUCCCCAGGCAGCGGUCCCAGCAUCAGCAAGGACACUGAGUGAGACACUUUGAAAUUGUUGUUUGCUGUUUUCAUGUCAAUAAAUUUGACUUUAUUUCAAAACACUUGUUUUUCAUUUUCACAUUAAAAUUAAGUUAGUCACAAGUAAGAG